AUGGUGCCACUCUUACUCUUUCAAGUCGCCCUCAUCGGCUUCUUCGUUUCCUUUUCCAUCCUCACAACCGCCUCGCCGCUCGUCAAGCGCAUCCCCGCCGUCGGCGCGUGCAGCGGCGCCUGCCAGGGCGAUGUCCACGACCCGAGCGUCGUCUACCGCGCCGACACCAAGACCUACUACCGCUUCGUGACCAACAAUCUCAUCCGCAUCGCGACGGCGCCCAGCCUCUCCGGCCCCUGGACCAACCAGGGCGCCGCCCUGCCCAACGGCUCCAGUAUCCAGCUCCCGGGCAGGGAUGACCUCUGGGUGAGAGCCAUCCUCGUCAAUCACGGGCAUUCAUCUGAUCUGAUCGCCGCGGCUAACACGUGAUGGAUUCUUCUAGGCUCCCGACGUCUUCAAUGUCCAAGGCACAUAUUACCUCUACUACGCCGUCAGCAAGAUCGGCUCCGAGACGUCGGACAUUGGCGUCGCCACCUCCAAAACCAUGGACUCCCGCAGCUGGACCGACCACGGCUCCAUCGGCAUCCCCGCCAAUACCGCCUACAACCGCAUCGACCCCAAUCUCUUCCAGCACUCCGCCGACUCCACGCCCUACCUGUCCUUCGGCUCCUUCUGGCAGAACAUCUUCCAGGUCCCCAUGGCAAACCCACCCCUCACCGUCGCGGGCGGAACCACCCAUCUGGCGCAAAACACUUCCUCGCCAGCCUACAUGGAGGGAAGCUACCAGUUCCAAUGGGACGAAUACUACUACCUCUUCUUCUCCUCCGGGGAGUGCUGCAACGUGCCUCCGAAUCUCCCAGCUCCCGGGGACGAGUAUAAGAUUCUGGUCUGCAGGUCUUCCUCUCCGAAUGGCGGUUUCGUCGACCAAGCGGGCAGGGAUUGCCUGACGCAGAACGGCGGCACCCUCGUCCUGGGCAGCCAUGAUGAUGUCUAUGCCCCCGGUGGCCAAGGCGUCAUGUUCGAUCCCCAGCAGAAUUCGCCCGUGGUGUACUAUCACUACGUCAACCCGAGCGUGUCGUACGACUACAGCCAGUUUUUCUUUGGUUGGAACAAGCUGGACUUCUCCAGCGGAUGGCCAGUCGUGGUUUAA